AUGUCACUGCGACAAAAAGCUGAAGGUCUCAGGCGAAAGAUCGAUGAGAUCAUCGCAGCGGGAGGCGAUAUGGCGAUACCAAUUCUUACAGCCAUCAAUGUUGCGGCUGAUAUGUGCCCUCCUCUAAAGAGCGCGACUGGCGGCGCACUCUUCAUCAUUAGCGAGGUUCAAGUUAAAAAUUAUUCAUGCUGGAAGUUCAAGGAGAAUAAUAAGGAAUGGGAGGACUUUGGGAAAUACGUUGUGGACAACGUGGCUGAAGUAGUUGCAGCCAUAAAGUCCUAUGAUCCGUCAACGGAAGAGGCAAAGCCAUGGGUGGAGAGCGCUAAAAAGCUCGAUCGCGUGCUACAGAGGAUCAAGUCGGAAAUCGAACAAAGACGCACAAAAAUAGAGAAGCGGUCAGCUUUUAUCAAUGCAUUAUCGCACUUGAGAGAUCCGGGAAGGAUUGAUUCCCUAAAGAAGGAUCUUGACAAAGCAUUGGCGUCGUUUCAGCUUAGAACGAAUUUAACGGUUGGAGUGAAAUUGUCGGUCAUCGAAGAUGACUUGAUUCUUGGCAGACUCCGAUACCCUGAUGUCGCGCACCAUGACUCAACUCAGGCGUGCCUAGAAGGCACUAGGGUCGGUCUUACGGAGCGUAUCAUGGCCUGGUGCCACGACACUAGGGACAGCGGAAACCGUGUCAUGCUACUCACUGCUGUGGCCGGUGCUGGGAAGACUUCGAUUGCGCACACGAUUGCGGAACGAUGCGCAAGGGAGCGUUCCCUAUUGCUAAGCUUCUUUUUCAAGGCGGGCGAACAGUCGCGGCCUGAUUGUCUGUUCAGCGGGAUGGCUCGAGCGUUAGCAAAGCGGGAUCAGGUUUAUCGCUCCUCCAUUAUCUCUGCUCUUCAGGACGACCCUACACUCUCAACAGCACCAUUCGCGAUGCAAUUCAAGGGGUUGGUGGCUCCACCCCUCCUGCAUAAGCCUCCACUUUCCGACCAUCCUCUGGUGGUCAUCAUCGAUGCUUUAGAUGAAUGUGACGAUGAAGCAUUUGAGUCCCUUGCAAAUAUUCUCCGGGAAGAAGUGCCUAAAUUACCAUCCCCCAUAAAGUUCUUUAUCACAUCAAGGCAAUUCGAUCGUGUCAAUCGCUUCCUCUCAUCCCGUUUCCCAAUCGAUCGUCUUUCCAUUGAUCUCUCGGAUAAUGCAAACGUGCACGAUUGCGCUACAUAUAUACGUUCCCAGCUGGAAACGGUGAAGGAUUGUCAUCCCGAUAUGCAGCAUAAGCUUGAGGACGAGGAGAAAAUGGUAGAGGGAAUCUUGGAACGAGCAGGUGGCUUGUUUAUUUGGAUCAGCACCAUUUUUCGCUACAUGAGGAAGGCCAGCAAGGACCCUAUGAGGACGCUGGAGGGACUGCUCGGCACAGGCGCGAAGGGAUCGGUGGUGUCUGCCGAAGGAAUGAUGGAUCGGUUGUAUACAGGUAUCUUGAAGAAGUGUGGUUGGGAGGAUGGAGAUUUUGCAGAUGACUAUCCGGUUGUGAUGGGGGCCAUCUCCGUUGCACGGCAGCCUUUGUCUGUCGCAGCUUGGGAUGCAAUUUUGUCGCCUUUCUUGAAGUCGUCGGUUCGAUAUACGUUGGUUGAACUUUCACCUCUCCUCUCAGGUCUUGAGGAUCCUGAUAAUCCGAUUCGCAUCUUGCACCAAUCUUUCCGCGACUUUAUUCUAGAACGGAUGGAUCCCCAGUCAAUCAGCCUUCGUUGCAGUCCAGUAGAUGUGGGACGGGAGAAUGCGAGAAUUGCCCUCCGAUGUACUGAGAUUCUGAAUCAGGAUCUCUCCUCUUUAGAGGGCCUCGGACUGAUUGAGGGCUUGCAGAGACAAGAUGUACUGCCGCGCAUUCCUCCAGAGAAGUUAUCCAAGCACUUGCAUUAUGCAUGUCAUUACAUAGUUUAUCACCUCAGUGAAGUCCAGGAACGGUCGCAGGAGCUGGAUAAAUCAGUUUGCAUAUUUCUCAGUCAGCAAGCCACUCGCUGGGUUGAAGUCUGCGUAAGAAUGGAAGGCUACAUCAGUAUCUCGAUACUCCCUGACUGGCCUAAGUUGGUGGUUGACCAAAGGUCAAAAGAUGCUAUCUGCAUGCUGGCCAAUGUGCUUAUCUGGCUCCAGUCGAACCUGCAAUUUUUUUCAAGAUUCAGGGAGGCAUAUGAGGUAGCAAAGGAUUCAGUUGUACUUUGCCGUUGCCUUGUUUCCAUGGACUCAGAGUCCUACACCCCGGAAUUGGCCAUGUCACUUGGCACUUUAUAUUUAGCUCUUUCGGAUCUCGGACGGCACUUGGAGGCGCUCCCAUUCAUCGAGGAGAGCGUCAAACUCUACCGCCAGCUCGUUGCUGUUCACCCAGGAUCAUACACCCCAGAUUUGGCUUUCUCUCUCAAUAAUCUAUGUAACGCUCUUUCGAGACUUGGACGGCACUUGGAGGCGCUCCCAUUCGUUGAGGAAAGCGUCAAACUCCGGCGCGACCUAGUUGCCGUUCACCCAGGAUCAUACAAUACAGAUUUGGCUUGGUCACUCAACAGUCUAUAUGGCGCUCUUUCGAAGCUCGGACGGCACUCGGAGGCACUCCCAUUCAUCGAGGAAAGCGUCAAACUCCGGCGCGACCUAGUUGCUGUUCACCCAGGAUCAUACACCCCAGAUUUGGCUGUGUCUCUCAAUAAUCUAUAUAACGCUCUUUCGAAACUUGGACGGCACUUGGAGGCGCUCCCAUUCGUCGAGGAAAGCGUCAAACUCCGGCGCGACCUAGUUGCCGUUCACCCAGGAUCAUACAACGCAGAUUUGGCUUGGUCACUCAGCAAUCUAUAUCUCGCUCUUUCGAAUCUCGGACGGCACUCGGAGGCACUCCCAUUCAUCGAGGAAAGCGCCAAACUCCGGCGCGACCUAGUUGCCGUUCACCCAGGAUCAUACAAUGCAGAUUUGGCUUGGUCACUCAACGGUCUAUAUGCCGCUCUUUCGAAUCUCGGACGGCACUCGGAGGCGCUCCCAUUCAUCCAGGAAAGUGUCAAACUCUACCGUGAGCUGGUUUCCGUCAACCCAGGAUUACACACCUUGAAUUUGGAUAGGUCACUCAACACACUACGCACCGCUCUUUCUAACCUCGGACGUGAUUCUGAGGCACUAAUCUGAACAACUUGGGUCCCCCUGAGACCUUGGGCCUUCCUAUUUCCCUUUUCAUUGCAUUCCCUUGUUUGCUACUUGUAGUGCACACAGCUCAGUUUGGGGGGUUGACAUUGAUUUUUGGUUUGGGACUAUUGAUGAAACGUUUACGGGUUUUCUACAACUCCCUGUAGCACGUCAAUCGGAUAGGUUAUAUCCUGAC